GAGAGGAGGGAGACAUGCAGCAGCCACUCAGUCUCACAAUCUAUUGUUUUUAACCACUUCAUUGAGGAAAACAAGGGAUUGCACUGUGCUAUUUGGGGACAGUGGCACAGGAAAAUACAUUUUCCUGUUUUUGACAAGACCUAAAAUCCUGACUAAUUUUUAUAAAGAGGAGACUGCCGUUUUACCAACUAACUGGCUACACUUAUUCAAGUUUUCUACAAUACUUUUAUCUCAUAUUGGCAGCUGCUGUGUGUGAUUUUGACAGGACAAAUUUCUUCUGAUAAACUGACUAAUGAGGAGAACGUACUGAGGACAGUUUGCCUUGAAGAACAGCUGAUCUCAAGGUGCAGCAUCAUCUGAGCGGCAACAGAGAGUGCUCAUUGCCUUACAUUAGGGGGACCCAAGAAGGUGCUGGAUUUGAGAAUUAACCAUUCGCUGACCAGGAGAAACUAAUCUCAAGAAAGACGAGAUAUUCUGAUUUUUGGGAGAAUCAGUUGGACGUUGCACGAUGGCGGGGAUGUAUGGAUGCUUUAAGGGCCGGAACAGGGACAGCGCUGCCAUGGCAUCAGGAUCUCCAGACUUGGUGACCAGUCAGGAGCCUGCUGAGGUCCGGGAAGAUUGCUCAGGAAAGAAGAAAUCCAAGUUCCAGACGUUUAAAAAAUUGUUUGCUCGGAAGAAAAAGAAAGAACCACAAGAUGCAGGAGCUGAAGAUGGCCUUAAGGGGAGCCAGUCGAGUGACAAUGUCAGUAAAACUUCAGAGAACAAUGCACUCAUUGAGUUGGAGAAGGAGAAGGUUUCUGGGUCUAAGGUCAGUCUGGGCAACAAGGCCUUGUCACAUGACUCUGUUUUUGUCUCCAACUCAUCGGAAGCUAAUGAGGGGCUUGGAGCGUCUCAGGACAGCAUUCAAGGGAAAGUUAAAUCCCUACAGCUCCAGCUGAAGCAGGCUAUUAGAAAGGGUUCUCCUCCAUCCUUGAUGUGUGUGAAGAAGACAGAAGAGGCUGGAACCAUGUCUGAGGAUGACAGUCUGCCCUGCAGCCCACUUGACUAUACACCUCUUCAUUCGGUCAAGAGUAAAGCUGAGAGGAGCAGCUCCAACAGUCUGGAUGGAAUAGAAAGCGACGAACAGCUGUCCUGCGCAGCCUCCAGCAGAGCUGUGAGCCCCCUGGUGAUUCCUGGGGACUUCAGCCAGCCGGCCAGUCCCUUCGUCUGUCUGGAUAACUCUGCUGCCAAGCACAAGCUGGGCCUGAGAUAUAAAGCUUGCAACAAGAGGAAGCCGGCCCGUCGUCUCGAGCUGAAAACAGAAGAGGACUCUGCAGUGGAGGAGGAGUUGACGGUCUCUAUAACCGAAGUAGAAGUUUUGGAGGAACAAGCCCAGCAGAAGGCAGAAGAUGAGAAUGGGGAUCAGCUAAAGCCAGAAACAGAAAGUGAGGAGGAGGAGGAGGAUGAAGAGAACAAAUCCCAAAAGGAUUCCUCAAGAUUCCUUCUUAGGGAUAAAGAGGGAGAAGAUGAGCCAGAAGCAGAACGGGAUGUUUCUCACGCCCCACAUGCUUCCUGUCCUCCAGAGUCAAGUUUCUCAGAGGAGGAAGCCUCUGAUGAUCAGCAUGUUCCUUCCUCCAGUACCAGCUCCAGAUCCUCUUCUCUGGACAGUCCCAGUGUCACACCAGAGCCCCCAUCUGGUCCAAGGGAGUAUCUGUCAGGUCCUCCAGGCUUUUUAUGUGCAGUUGAUAACAACUCUGACACUGACUCUUUGUCAGGAGAAGAAGACAUGAUGCAAGAAAGUACAGAGGAGGAGAGCUCCUUCUUAGAUGAGGUGCUGAGCUCUUUGAAGACCUCUCACUCAACCGACGUAGACAUUAGCGGCGUUCUUCUGGAGAUGGAGAAGAUGGAGAAAGAGGAAAAAGUGAUAGAAAUUGAUGAAAGAGUGGAGAUGAAAGGAGAGGAAGCAGAAGCAGACGAUCCCACUGGUUGCGAGGCUACUGCCUUGUAUUCUGUCAUGUCUGAUCAGACUACCGAGGACGAAGAGGAGGUUCUUCUUCAUUCUCUGCAAGAGGAAGAGGUAGCAGUUGAAGAGGAAGUGAAAAGGACAGAGGAAGAAGCUGAUGCUGAGGAGGAGGAGGAAAUUGUUGUGGAGCGAUUCAUUCAACAUAGUGAUGAGGAGGCUGGACAGGAAGAGGAGGCAGAAGACGUUCAAUCAGAGGAAGAAAACAACAUGGUUUCAUCACAAACUGUAAGCCAACAGGAGACAGAGGAACAGGCUAUUGGGAAAGAAGAGAAGGAGGCAGCAGAGGCAAAGAAGGGACCAGAAAUAGUUGGGGAAGACUGGGAGAACAAGGUGGAAGAAAACAGUGUUCAGGUGGAUGAACUAGGAGAAGAAGAGGAGGAAGAGGAGGAAGGGAAGGGGGAUAAGGAGGAAAUGACAGAAAUCCAUGACUCAGAAGAUGAGGAGUUUCCAUGUGUCUCACCUAUUCAGGGGACAGAUGAAGGAGAUGAUGGUGCCACACAUGAUGACACUACCACAGAUGUGGAUGAGCAAAUUCAUUCCAGAAUGAAUGAGGUGCCGGAAAUUUUAAAUGAGAACUUUGGAGCUGUAGAGGAAGUGGAUGAGGUCGAGCUCAAGGAUCAUAAAUCAGAAGGUGAAGAAACAGAGGAAGAAGUGGAAAGAUGCCCUUCAGAUGCAAAUCAGAGUGGAGAGGACCUGGUGCGAGAAAAAGAUGAAACAAGUCCCCCCGUGGAUGUUAAACCAGUAGAAUCUGAGGAAGAAGGCGGCGCUUUCUCCAGACUUCCUCCUCUGUUACUUUCAGAGUCACGUUCUAACUCCCAUUCAGAUGAAAGUCCCAUCAGCUCUCCCAGUAAGACCACCACCUUACACAUUAAUCUUGCCUCCCCCACCUCAGAAAAAAACACCUCUCCAUUCGAGCUUCGUCCAGCUGCUGCCAAUCCCAGUGAUAGUGUCACAGAGUCACUUUCCCCUGCUGACGAGACCACAGAGUCAACUGAAGAGCAGCCAGAGGCUUUAAAAGACCAAGAAGAAAAAGAAAAACAAUCAGAGCUGGAGCAAAACAAUUCAGCUCCUGCCUUAGCGCAGGAAGGGCUCGCACAGCCAACAGAUCAGAGUAAAGUCCGCUUCACCAUCGCCACCGCGUGGCAGAGGUUACAGAGUCCCCCUACUUCCCCAUCUGCUGUACCAGCUGCGCAGGAUGGUGAGCUGAAGGCUGCAUGUCAGAAUGAUCAGGAUCAGAAAGCAGAACCUGACAGCUUGAUGAAGGCUGAGCUGUUGUCGAGUCCAGUCAGAGGGAGGAGCUCAGGGAGCUUCACUUCCAAACUACAUAGCUCUGCACCGUCCUCUCCGGCUGAACCCCAGACCGCAGAAGCCACAAGAACAUCAGAGAGUGCUGCAGUAGCGGAGGCAAACUCUGACAGUCCUUUUGGAGUUCGACUGAGGAAGACGUCAGCUCUGCUCCGGCUCAGCUCAGAAGAGGUUGAUUCGGAGCCUCAAGUUGAGUCACCAACACAUUCACCCUCCUGUAAAGCUGAGUCACUCCAACCAGUCAACAGCAAGCCCUCUGCAAGCCAUCCAAUCAGCAACAAGCCUGCUCUUCCUAAAAAACCAGAGGUCCACGGAGACGCUGUGGUCAAACUGAGACGCAUAUCAGAGCCGCCCGCAGCGCGAGGUGUGUCUGGUGGAUCAGAUCCUCCCAGCUGGAUUUCUAUGGCCAAACAGAAACAGAAGGUCUAUAAAGAAACCCCACUGAAUGAGAUUGCAGUCAGGAAGGAGGAACAAGAGAAGAAGCCUGCAUUGCCUACAAGUGUCGGUUCGGCUGCAAUCAGGGGGCAGAGCAACAACAAACAAGUUGAACCCAUAAGCAAAGGGUCAGUAAAGAAGGAGACCAGAAGGACACUCUCUGGUCCAACUCCAGUGCCACCUCAGCUUUCAAAAUCCCCACUUCAAAAGCCAGAGGUUCCCCCUGCCCCCGCAAAACCUACACCUCCACCAGACUCGCCCCAAAUGCCCCCUUCCUCUCCUGCUCCAUUAACCAUACCCUUAAAGUCUCCUGCUUCCACAACUCCAUCUAUUCUCUCCAAAACGCCCCCAGUCCCCUCUACAUCUAUUUCACCAAGAACCGUCCCAGAAAAGCCCGCUUCCAGAGCUCCGGGGCUGUCCAGGCAGGCUGUGCCCCCCCAGCGAAGCUCGCCUACCACAGCUCUGCCCCAAGACGAGCCCCCCUGGAUGGCGCUUGCCAAAAAGAAGGCCAAAGCCUGGAGUGAGAUGCCACAGAUUGUUCAGUGACUGGUCCACGCUUGAGGUGGCUCUAGUACACGAGGCCCAGAGAGGGUCAAAUGUAAAGUGGUCUACAGCAGCACACUGCAUUUAAACAGUGGUUUCCUUAAAUUGCUGGCUUCUGGCUUUCUGACUGGUGUUGAAAGUGCAGUCCUACAGCUAAAAACAGUCUCCAUUUAAUCUUUUGCUUUGCCUCCACAUGUUGUACAGCCAUGUUGUCUGAAUCACAGGGUUGGACCACAGAAGCAGAUUUCUUUAAGCCCCACCACUAAUAAACAAGGUGCCUAAAUGAGACAGAUUACAGAAAACCACACAGCUGUAAAUGAUAACUUAUCUAAAGAGUCAAGAUAACAUCAGCUAACAACGUAGAAUCAUAAGAGAAAACACUGACAGCAGCAGAAGGAAGAUAAAAAGACAAAGUGAAUGUUGAGUAGAUUUGUUGCUACACUUUAUUGGUUCAACAAAGUAGUGAAUAAUUGUGCUGCAACUCAAGGUCACCUUUUCCUGUCCAGGUGUGGGUUUUUAUCUCAGUGACGCUUGCUGAAGAAGGUUCUUCCGGAAAGCUGAUUCCUACCUAACAUUAUUUACAGAAGCUAAACUAAUCCUGAUUGUUGCAUCAGCAGGUGCAGAGCGUGUGUUGUAUAGUCAGUGUAAAUUAUAUUUUUACUUUCUUCUUUUCAUACUUUAGACCUUCUUCUGUUGUUUUCAGUGCUUAACCACAGGAUACGUCCUUGCGUCCCACAAACAUCUGAUAUCACCACAAAAUAUUCUGUUUAGGAGUGAAAUGAAACCACUCUGAUGCAAGACGGUCAGCAGGACGAGCUUUUCUCAGUUUUAUUUACUUUUCUCUUACAACUACAAAUGUGUUACACUUUUUUGUAUUACCUUUGCAGAAUUUGUCUUGUACAUAAAAUGUACAGUAAACAAACAAAUGAUA